AUGCCACACAUACCAUCACCUGACUUGGUAUCUAUAUUAUCUAGCAUAUUACCUAAUGAGAACAAUAAUGACACCGCUGAUAAUAACAAAACAACCACUAAAACAUCAAACAAUACUCCUGCAAACACUCCAACUCCAACCGAUACUUCGACAAUCACUUCAACCGACACUCCGACAACCACCCCAACAACCACACAAAAUAAUACGUUAACGACUACAACCAGCACCUCAACCACUACAUCUGACGAAAAUGGCAACCAUUUCCCACCACCCAAAGACAAACAAGUCAUUCCGCCCCCCGAAGACAGUUCGUCUGGAAGCGGAGACAAUACAUCUAGUGCUAAUAGCCCACCACCCAAAAACAAACAAGUCAUUCCGCCCCCUGUAAGCAGUCCGUCUGGGGGUGAAAACAAUUCGUCUGGGGAUGGAAACAAUUCGUCUGGGGGUGGAAACGGUUCGUCUGGGAGUGGAAACGGUUCGUCUGGGAGUGGAAAUAAUUCGUCUGGGAAUGGAAAUAAUUCGUCUGGGAAUGGGAAUAAUUCAUCUGGAGGUGGAAAUAAUUCGCCUGGGAAUGGGAAUAAUUCGCCUAAUAAGGGGAAUAAUUCACCCGGGAGUGGAAAUAAUUCAUCCGGAAAUGGAAAUAAUUCGUCUGGUAAUGGAAAUAAUUCGCCUAAUAAUGGGAAUAAUUCAUCUGGAGGUGGAAAUAAUUCGCCUGGGAAUGGGAAUAAUUCGCCUAAUGGAAACAACGCGGGAAAUUCGCCCGGCGGAACAAUACCAUCCGAUGCUCAACCGGAUAAACCAAAUCCUACUGCACUCAACACAUCACCCAACGACAACUCUCCCUCAUUGUAUCCACCCUUUCAAUCAUCUACCAUAUUUUCUACUUCAUCACCCACAGGUCUCCCGAACACAUCCAUGCAGGCAUCGUUACCCUCAUCAAAAAUUGUCUACGUGGCUCUCAGUGUGACCAGUUUUGCUUUUCUGGCCGGAGCACUAUUUUACUUUCUAUAUCGCAUUAAACGUCGACGCCGUCGCUUUAAGAAUAAAUUUGGUAUUACCAAAGGCUGUGUUGAACUCGACGAAGAUGGGUACCAUCGUGCAAGCACACUACUACAAUUCGAGGCAAUGACGCAAAAUGUGCGACUGGAAUCCGCAGAGUUUACUGUAGAUAGCGGUGUUAAUGCCGUGUCCGCAACCAAUGACGAUAAUCUUAAUAAUAGCAUUAUUAUAACAGGCGUAGAUGGUAGAGAAGAUUGUAGGAUGAUUAAAGUAGUGCAGCUGGAGUUAAAUAAGGAUGACAAUAAUGGCGAAGACUUGGACGAGAGGAAUCAUUGCAAGAGUACUGUAAAUUUUGACGCAAGAAAUAGCGGUGAGAUAACGCGAUCAUGGUCGUUGGGUGGUUGGUCUCGUAGAUCUUCAAAAUGA